CGGAGUGUGUGUGUCGCCCGGGUCUCCAUCUCCGGUUGCCGCCGGGAGGGCGUUCCAGACCUGUCGGCGCCUGCGGCCUGCGGCGGGCCCCUUUGGGGCUUCGCCCCCGGCUCUGCAGUGCGCGGUGGCUCUGGGUGGGCGGGGCCGUACACCCGCGAUCGCCUCCCCAGGAGGGACGAGACUGUGCGGGUUACUAGAGAAGUGGCGGUUCUGGGUUCUGGUGUGAGACUCCUUAUUUGUGCUGCAGGGAGGUAGAGAUGGACGCUGCUCCACUUAACACUGAGUUCUCGGUCUGGAAAGGAAGGCAGCCACAUGGGCCCCGUUGCCAAAAGACAGGAGUGUCAAGUUCAAGGACCAUGAGAAGAGAAACGGGAGCUCUGAGGAGGAAGAAGAUAAGAAGGCUGAGUUGGGCCAGGAUGAGGAAGAGCCUGCCCCAAAAAACAGCUGAUAAACGGAAGAAGGAAAUGGCCAAACAGAAGGCUUCCCCUGAAACCAGAAGACAGAAAUUGGAAGGUUGGAAUGCCAAAACACUUUUGAUCCAGAACCUGUCUCACAGAGUCACCCAGCAUGAGUUAAAAGAAGUGUUUAAGGAUGCCUUUCAAAUCAGAUUGGUGAGCAAGGAUGGGAUGAGUAAAAGGAUUGCGUAUGUUGACUUCAAGUCACAGGCUGAUGCAGAGAGAGCCUUGGACGAGAAGCGAGGAACAAAGAUCGGUGGGCUUGCUGUAGUUCUGGGCCAUGUUGAAGAGAAAAGCCAAGGCCGAGAAGGGAGAGCCCUGAAGAUAUGGCUAUUCUCCAAGAAGCCGUGGUGCUUUUCAUUGCAGAAUGGCAUGAGACACCAAGACCUGGGUGCUGGGUGACAUCAUUGGUGCUGGGCGUUAGGACUUUCAGACCCUCUCACUGGACAGUCAGGAAAUGUACGUACAUACGCAUGGAUACCUACCACAAGCUGUUCGGACAUAUUUGUAUUUCGAAAACCAUGAGUUCACAACGAUGCCUCUACUUCCGGUCCAAGACCACACUGUUUAUUCUAGCUGACCCCUUUCUGUAUUUAUAACUGAUUUUUCUGAUAGUGAGAAAUCUGGCUUUCAUCACAGUGUAUUUAUUUACCUGUUUAAUGCUAGAAUACGCAUAUUUUCUGCAUUUAUUUUUUUAAGAUUUUAUUUUUAAAAGAUUUUAUUUAUUAGAGAGAGUGCACAUGAGAGAGAUUGGGGGAGGUGCAGAAAGGAGGGAGAGAGACAAGCAGAGCUUAGAGUGCAGAGCCCGAGGGGGCUCUAUCCGAGGACCCUGAGAUCCUGACUUGAGCCAAAAUCAAGAGUCAUAUGCUGGGGCGCCUGGGUGGCUCAGUUGGUUAAGCAACUGCCUUUGGCUCAGGUCGUGAUCCUGGAGUCCCGGGAUCGAGUCCUGGGAUCGAGUCCCGCGUCGGGCUCCCUGCUCGGCAGGGAGUCUGCUUCUCCCUCUGACCCUCCCCCCUCUCAUGUGUUCUCUCUCUCUCUCUCUAAAAAUAAAUAAAUAAAAUCUUUUAAAAAAAAAAGUCAUAUGCUUAACCCACUGAUCCACCCAGAUGUCGCUAAAAGAUUUUAUUUUUAAGUAAUCUCUAUACCCAACGUGGGUCUCAAACUUACAACCCCAAGAUCAAGAAUUGCAUGCUCUCCCUACUGAGCCAGCUGGGUGCCCCCAGUGUUUUUUGAAUUUCUGACACACACUUCUCUGAAAAAUAAGCCUACUACUUAGAGUACAAUAUUGUACAGUUUUUCUCCUUUAGUCUUAGAGUGUAUGGUCAAAAUACUCUCUUCUAAAGUUGCUUAGGUGAGUGCUCCCAGUGUCCUUGGGUUAUUAUUCAUUUGUAGUACACUUAGGGUCAUUUGUUCCUGUUUAUAGUCCUCUCCGGGUCAUCUCCACUCCCCCUCUUCCCCAAUUCCUUGUGGAUUAACAAAUGUGUUCAGAAGUAUAAAAUCUAGUCAUGAUUCUAAAAGUCAGAACUAUACAGCUGUAUCCAGAGAAGUGUGGCUUCCCCAUGCCUCCCAUUCUCUGGUCUUCUUACCCCGGUUGUCCACCCAGUAACCAAUCUCAGUGUCCGCUUUAUUCGUACUGUGUUUCUUUUUGCACGUGUAUAUUCUCUGGCUCCCCUUCUUUACACGAGAGGGAGCCUAUUCUAGAUCCCGUUUGCACUUUGCUUUUUACACUUAAGUUUCUUGGAAAUGACCAGUAGACAUUUUGAACUAUUUUACUUGGGUGCCGCUUACUCAGCAACAGUGUCAUUUCAUCAAGUUCACUGUCAGUGUCUGUGAAGUUGUUCAAUAGUCUUGACUCUGGCUCAGGAAAAACAGCACCCGCUGUUUGGCGGAAGUGCAGGGCUCUGAGGAGGGGAGGCGGAGGGAGGUGAGGCCAGAGAGACAGGCAGAGGCCAGUUUGGCCAACUGCGCCCCCCAGGCACUUGCAGUGUUGGGGGGUUGAUACUGGCUGACUGGGCUGGGGCAGGGCCAGGGCGGGAAGGCAGGGGGACCAGCCUGGAGACUCCUGCAGGGAUGUGGGGGGGGGGGCCUGAACCGAGGCAGUGCGGGAGGGGAUGGAGGAGGGUUACUUCUGGAUAUGGAGGGAUGCCAGACGAAGUCAAGGAUGCCUCCCAGACUUCUAGCUUGAUGACCAAUAGAGAGAAUGAGGGCAGAGGAGCUGGUUUGAGGGAUCCUGAGGGGUUUCAGUGGUAAGCGGUGGGUGUCAUCAGCAGAGACUGGUGCUUUCAGCCAGGGCUGUGCCUGGAACACCAAAAAAUAAUAUUCAUGUGGGAGUGGCCUGAUGGUAAGUGAAAGAAGCCAGGCCCCAAAGGCUACUUGCUGUAUGGUUCCAUUUCUAUGACCUGGAAAGGCAAACCAUAGAGACAGAGUGGAUCAGGGGUCAUGGGGGCUGGGAGUGACAGGGGACGGACUACAAAAGAGCAUAAGGGAAACUUUGGGGGGGCUGGCAGUAUUCUUUCUGGAUUAUACCAUGACUGUACAUGUUUACUAAAGCUCAUUGAACUGUACACCCCAAAAGGUUGAGUUUUACUGUAUGUAAAUUACACCUCAGUAGUUGACUUUUUAAAAAAAUGGAAGGAAGCCCAGGGGACACUGAUGGCUGUGAAGCAGUGAGAAGGUGGUCCAGGGGAGAAGCAGCUAGUCUCGAGACUCUGUGGAAUAGAAGGAUUGAGUGUCAAAUUCCAAAGGGUCAAGUAAGGUAAGACCCAGAAGGUUUCCAGCAAAUGUAACAACCACGAGGCCAUGGAUGAGCUCACCAGAGGGAUUACUUUUUCCCCCUAUAGCGUUCCCAUCCUCCCCAAUAGGGUUCCCAUCUUCCCCCUGUAGGGUUCUCAUCCUUUCUAGGCUUCCCAAUAGACAGUGAGCUGCUGGAGACAAGCAUGAUCAGGAGCCCCAGGAAGGCUGAGGAAAGGCCCAGCAAAGGGAAGGGCCCAGCACGUUUCUGAGAAAUAGCAGUGAUAGGGAUCCCCGAGGCAGUAUGAGUUCUGCCACCCAGCACCGUAAUUAUGGGGCCAAGUGCAAAAUGAAAAUGCAGGACUCCUGUUCAACAGUUGUUAAGGUUUCAAGACAGGAACAGCGGAGCAUUGAGCCAAUCCCAGGGCCCUUCAAAAUAUGGGUCACAUACCCAUGGAGUUGGCCCUGUUGCCACCCAAAAGUCGUGGUUCCCAAGAAAGCACAGCAGCUAUAGGAUCUGGCUGGAGAAGCCAGCCGCUGUCUCUUACCAAGAAAGGCUUGGCCCGAACCAGGAGUGCCUUGGCGCUGCCACCUGCUGGCCACAUCAGGCCACUGCACCUCCCUUCGGAGAGCAGGACCUUGGAGAGUGGGAAGCUCCGCUCCGAUGGCCGGGUGACCUAGCCCUUCCUUUCCCUGAAGAGAAAACAGUCCCAGGGGGCAUUCUUCCCGGGGUCACACCAGCCGCAGCACCCCAGUGAUGAUGGUAGCAUUUUACUGUUACAUUUAAACCUCUUGGUUCUUUACAAUCCCUCAAAAUAGAGAAUACCCCACAUAGAUUAGUAAAUGAAAAUAAUUUGAGUUUUCGGCUACUGUGGUUGUCUCCCAUGACCCUUCUCUGUUGUCUUAGUUCCCUGUUCACUUUUGAGAGUACCCACUGGCCCAAGUGCUGACCCACCUGGGCCUGGGACUGGGACAGGUGGCUCAGACGCACACCGAUCAGCAUCAUCCCAUUACUGGGCCACAGGGUGGGCCUCCAAUCCCAGGCCAAUGAAGAUGCCUUUUUUUGGCGGGGGCUGCUGGAAAAAAAUGUUUUCUAGCUCCCUCUGGACCCUAGGGUGUAUAGCCAUGAGGUUCAUCGCUUGACUGCAGCAAAAGACAUUUUGCCACCGUGAUGAAAGCUACCACCAUGAUGAAAGCUGACAUGGAAUGGUGAGGAAAGAAAGACAAAAAAGCAGGUACGGGGUGCCAUUUUUGAGCUGCUGGAUCAAGCUAGCCCUGAAGUGGCUGAGAAUCGGGGCACCCGGGACUUCGCAGUGCUGAGAGCCAACGAAUCCCUUGGAUGUUUAAACAGUUUUGAGCAGCUGCUUGCAAUGAAAGGUGUCUAAUCCCGAUCUGCCUCUCUAGCCCCAUCUGCUGUAGGUUUUCUUCCUCUCCUCUUGCUCAGGAGUCUUCAAGCCCCUCAGUCCCCCUUGAGUCCUCAGCACGGCACCAGCUCUCUUUCUCCAGGGCCUUUGCACAUGCUGUUGGCCUGCCGAGGGCACUCUCCCCUCACCCACCUGGCUGACAGAUCCCACGGGCCCUUAAGGUCUCAGUCUAGAUGACAUCCCCUCAACGAGGCUCUUCCUAACUCCAAUUCACUCCAGAAACAUUUGCUGAGCUCCUGCUCUGUCACGCAUCAAGCUAGGCCCAGCACCCUGUGGGAGCUCUGGAGAUGCUGGUGAUCUCAGCGGAGGCAACAUGAAUCAAAGGCUCAUGCUCAUGUCCCCAGACAAAGAGGAACCAGACCUGGACCAGGAAUUGAGAGUGUGGCUGGGUGAGUCUGGAGAUUUCAGAGAAAGCCCGUGGGGCUAGAGAGCAGAGUUGGGGAGCUGGGAAUGGAUCUUACUGUCAUGGAAAUGCCGACAUGAUGAGGAGGGUUAGGAAUCUAGAUAUAUUGUGAAAAGAGUCAGCUGGCCUUCCAUGUUUGCCCAGCUCCUUUCUGAUUCAGCUUCCAUUGUUGGUUGACAUAAUACAGUCCUGGUCCAGUGAGAGCUGUAUUUCUCCUUGAAGGUUAAAUAUAUUCUUAUGUGGAAUUUUUUUUAUUGUGAUAUAAUUCACAUACCAUAAUAUUCACCCUUUUAAGGUAUACAAUUCAUUGUGGGGUUUUUUUGUUUUUUGUUUUUAUAUAUUCACAUCACAACUAUCUACUUAUAGAAUGUUUUCAUGACCUCAAAAAGAGACCCCAUCCCCAUUAGCAGUCACUCCCCAUAUCCCCCUUCCCCUAGUCCCUGGAAGCCACUAAUCUCCUUUCUGUCUUUAAAGAUUUGCUGAUUUUGGGGACACCUGGCUGACUCAGUUGGGGGAUCUUGCACCUCUUGAUCUGGGGUUUGUGAGUUUGAGCCCCAUGUUGGGUGUAGAGAUUACUUAAAUACAUGUUUAAAAAAAAAGAUUUGAUGGGGCCCCUGGGUGGCUCAGUCAGUUGAGCGUCCAACUCUUGGUUUUGGCUCAGGUCAUGAUCUUGGAGUUGUGGGAUCGAGCCCUGUGUUGGGCUCCCUGCUCAGUGGUGAGUCUGCUUGAGAUUCUCUCUCUCCUCCCUCUCUAACUCUCCUCCAGCUCAUAUGCACUCGCACUCUCUCUCUCUCUAAAAAUAGAUAAAUCUUAAAAAAAAAAAAGAUUUGCUGAUUUUGUAUAUUUCAUAUAAAUGGAGUCAUAAAAUAUGUGGUAUUUUGCAUCUGGCUUCUUUCACUUAGCAUAAUGUUUUCAAAGUUCAUCCAUGUUGUAGCAUAGAUAAAUACCUCUUUUUCUUUUUAAGUAAUCUCUACACCCAACGUGGGGCUCAAACUCAUGACCCUGAGAUCAAGAAUUGCAUGUUCUGGGCGCCUGGGUGGCUCAGUUGGUUAAGCGACUGCCUUCAGCUCAGGUCAUGAUCCUGGAGUCCUGGGAUCGAGUCCCACAUUGGGCUCCCUGCUCAGCGGGGGUCUGCUUCUCCCUCUGACCCUCUUCCCUCUCUUGCUCUCUGUCUCUCAUUUUCUCUCUCAAAUAAAUAAAUAAAAUCUUUCAAAAAAAAGAAUUGCAUGGGGCACCUGGGUGGCUCAGUUGGUUAGGCGACUGCCUUCGGCUCAGGUCAUGGUCUUGGAGUCCCGGGAUCGAGUCCCAUAUCGGGCUCCUUGCUCAGCAGGGGGUCUGCUUCUCCCUCUGACCCUCCCCCCUCUCAUGUGCUCUCUCUCUCUCAUUCUCUCUCUCAAAUAAAUAAAUAAAAUCUUAAAAAAAAAAAAAGAAUUGCAUGUUCUACAGACUGAGCCAGCCAGGUGCCCCGAAAUUCUCUCUUUUUUUCUUUUGUUGAAGUCCAGUGUAUCUAUUUCUUCUUUUGUUGCUUAUAUCUUUGGUGUUGUAUCUAGGAAAUCAUUGCCUCCUCUAAGAUCAGAAAGACUUAUGCUUAUGCUUUCUUGUAAGAGUUUGAUAGUUUUAGCGCUUAUAUUUAGGUCAUUGAUCCAUUUUGAGUUAUUUUUUGUAAACGGUGUGAGAUAGGGUCCAGUCUCACUCUUUUGCAUGUGAGAUAGGGUCCAGUCUCACUCUUUUGCAUGUGGUCGUCCAGUUGUCCCUGAACUAUUUGUUGAAGAGAGUCUUUCCCCGCUGAGUUGUCUUGGCACUUUUGUUAGGAUCAGUUGACCAUAAAUGCAUGGGUUUAUUUUUGGACUUUCCAAUCUAUUCCAUUUAUCUGUAUGUCAGUCUUGAUGCCAGUACCACACUGUCUUGAUUACCACAGCUUUGGGGUCAGUUUUGAGGUAAGAAAGAGUGUCCUCAGACUUUGUUCUUUUCCCCCACUGUGUGGCUUAUCCUGGGUCUUGCAUGUUCACAUGAAUUUGGGGAUCAGCUUGUCAGUUUCUGCAAAAAUAGCUGGAAUUUUUUUUUAAAGAUUUUAUGUAUUUAUUUGACAGAGAGAGACACAGCGAGAGAGGGAACACAAGCAGGGGGAGUGGGAGAGGGAGAAGCAGGCUUCCCGCCGAGCAGGGAGCCCGAUGUGGGAAUCGAUCCCAGGACCCCGGGAUCAUGACCUGAGCCGAAGGCAGACGCUUAACUGCUGAGCCACCCAGGCGCCCUGGAAUUUUUUUUUUAAUAGCUGGAAUUUUGAUAGGGAUUGUGUUGAAUCUGUAUAUCUAUUUGGGAAGUAUUGCCAUCUUCAUAAAAUUAAGUCUUCCAAUUGACAAACACAGGAUUUCUUUUAAUGUUGCUUUGUAGAUUUCAGUGUAUGAUCUUAUACUACUUUUGUUAAACUUAUUCCUAAGUGUUUUAUUUUUUUGAUGCCAGUGUAAACAGAAUUGUUUUCUUUUUUUUAUUUUUAAAGAUUUUAUUUAUUUAUUUGACAGAGAGAGACACAGCGAGAGAGGGAACAGAAGCAGGGGGAGUGGGAGAGGGAGAAGCAGGCUUCCCGCAGAGCAGGGAGCCCGACGCGGGACUCGAUCCCAGGACCCUGGGAUCAUGACCUGAGCUGAAAGUAGACGCCUAACGACUGAGCCACCCAGGCGCCCCAACAGAAUUGUUUUCUUAGUUCCAUUUUUGAUUGGGGCACCCGGGUGGCUCAGUUGGUUAAACAUCUCUCUCUUUUUUUUUUAAGACUUUAUUUAUUUGACAGAGAGGGAGAGACAGAGCAUGAGCAGUAGGGAGGAGGCAGAGGUAGAAGCAGGCUCCCCACUGAGCAAGGAACCCAACACGGAGCUUGAUCCCAGGACCCUGAGAUCAUGACCUGAGCAGAAGGCAGAUGCCUAACAGACUGAGCCACUCAGGUGCCCCAAGCAUCUGACUCUUGAUUUCGGCUUAGGUCAUAAUCUCAGGGUCGUGAUAUUGAAACCUGUGUUAGGCUCCUCACUCAGCAUAGAGCCUGCUUAAGAUUCUCUCCUUUUCCCUCUGCCCCUCCACCCUGCCCACACACAUGCACCCUCUCUCUCAAAAAAUGGUUAAUUCCAUUUUUGAUUGUUCAUUGCUAUUUUAUAGAAGUAAAAUUGAUUUUCGCACACUUUUAUCCUAUAGUCUUGCUGAACUUUUUGUUAGCUCUAAUAGUUUUGGGGGGAAUCCUGUUGGAUUUCCUAUAUAUCAGAUAAUCUCAUCUGCAAGUAGAGAUAGUUUUACUUCUUCCUUUUCAAACCAGAUGCCUUCCCCACCCCCAUUAUCCUGGAUAGAACCUCCAGUACAAUGUUGAAGAGAAGUGGUGAGAGUAGACAUCCUUGUCUUGUUUAUCUUUUUUUUUUUUAAAGACUUUAUUUAUUUAUCUGAGAGAGAGAGAAUGGGAGACAGAGAGCAUGAGAGGGGGAGGGUCAGAGGGAGAAGCAGACUCCCCACUGAGCCGGGAGCCUGAUGUGGGACUCGAUCCCGGGACUCCAGGAUCAUGACCUGAGCUGAAGGCAGUCGCUUAACCAACUGAGCCACCCAGGCGCCCCAGUCUUGUUUAUCUUAAGGGGAGAAGCUUUCAGUCUUUCACCAUUGAGUGUGAUGUUAGCUGUGGAAAUCUUGUAGAUGCCCUUUAUCAGACUGAGGAGGUAACAUUCUAUUUCUUUGUUGAGUGUUUUUAUCAAGAAAGGGGGUUGGAUUUUGUAAAAUGCUUUUCCUGCAUCUGUUGAGAUGAGUAUAUGGUUUUUGUCCUUUAUGGCUGACACAUUUUAUUUUUUAUUAUUUUUUAAAGAUUUUAUUUAUUUAUUUGACAGUGAGGGACAUAGCGAGAGAGGGGAGACAAGCAGGGGGAGCAGGAGAGGGAGAAGCAGGCUUCCUGCCAAGCAGGCGCCGGAUGCGGCUUGAUCCUAGGACCCUGGGAUCAUGACCUGAGCUGAAGGCAGACGCCUAAUGACUGAGCCACCCAGGUGCCCGGUUAACACAUUUUAAAAAGCAGUUACCUGUGCAGGGUAAAGGAAUAGGAACCAGGAAAAUGGGAGACAGGAGUGCAAGAGAUACUUUUUACCAUCUAUCCUUUUAUAUUGUUUGGUUUCUUGAAUGUAUUUCUUAUUUAAAAAAUUAAAUUAUCUUUUUAAAAAUUGUGAUAAAAUAAACCUGAAAUAGAAUUUACCAUCUUAAACAUUAAGUAUACAGUUCAGUAGUGUUAAGUAUAUUCACACUGUUGUGCAUCUAAGCCCUGGAACUUUUUUAUCCUGCAAAACUGAAAUGCUAUACUCAUUAAACAAUAACUCUUCAUUCCCCCCGCCCCCCCGCCAUUUCCCAGCCUCUGGCAACCGCCAUUCUAUUUUCUGUUUCUAUGAGUUUACUCUGGGUAACUCAUGAAGUGAAAGUAUACAAUAUUUGUCUUUUUGUGACUCUCCUAUUUCACUUAACAUAAUGUCUCCAACACUCAUCAUAUUGUAGCAUGUGUUAGAAUUUCCUUUCUUGGGGCACCUGGGUGGCUCAGUUGGUUAAGUGUCUGCCUUCGGCUCAGGUCCUGAUCCCGGGGUCCUGGGAUUGGAGCCCGGCUUUGGGCUCCCUGCUCAGCAGGGACUCUGCUUCUCUCUCUGCCUCUGUGCACUCUCUCUCUCUCUCUCGUCUCAAGUAAAUAAAUAAAAUCUUUAAAAAAAAAGAAUUUCUUUUUUAAGCCUCAGUAAUAUUCCAUUGUGUGUAUAUAUCUCUCCAUAUAUCACAUUUUGUUUAUCCAUUCACUUAAAAUUUUUUUUAACAUUUUAUUUAUUUGAGAGAGAGAGCAUGAGCAGGGGGAGGGGCAGAGGGAAAGGAACAAACAGACUCCCUGCUGAGUGGGAGUCCCUGCUCAGGCCCCUGAGAUCAUGACCUGAGCCAAAAUCAGACACUUAACCGACUUAGCCACCUAGGUGCCCCUAUCCAUUCACUUGUUGAUGGGACAUUGGGGACCUUUUGGUUGAACAUGAGUGUGCAAAUGUCUUUGAGACCCUGCUUUCAAUUCUUUUGGAUAUAUACCCAGAAGUGGUAUUGCUGGAUCAUAUGGUAAUUCUAUUUUAAUUUUUAAAAAAGAUUUUAUUUAUUUGACACAGAGAGAGAGCAUAAGCAGGGGGAGCGGAGCAGCAGGCAUAAGGAGAGGGAGAAGCAGGCUCUCUGCUGAGCAAGGAGCCCGAUGCGGGGCUCGAUCCCAGGACUCUGGGAUCAUGACCUGAGCCGAAGGCAGCCCCUUCACCAACUUAGCCACCCAGGUGCACCUCUAUUUUAAUAUUUUGAGGAAAUCAUCAUACUGUUUUCCAUAGCAGCUGCACCAUUUUACAUUUCCAUCAACAGUGCACAAGGGUUCCAGUUUCCCCGUAUCCUCACCAACACUUUUUUUUUAAGUGUGAGGUAUAAAUUACCUCUUUAAAGUUCAGGUUUCCAAAUCUACAAAGCUGAGGUCUAGACCCUCAUCUACUUUCAACCUUACCUUUCAAUCCUUUGCACAGGGCAGGGCCCUAGAGCCAGGAGGACAACCAGAGGAUUGGAUGGGGACAGAGGCUGAGGCCAAGUGGGGGACAGUGGAGAUUCAGGAGAGAGAGGACCUGGCUGGGAAGGGUGCCCCUGGUCCGACAAGGUGGCCAUGGGCUGGGGUUAGACUCUAGGACCUGGAGACAGCUGGAGUAUCUGGGAUCUCCAUAGUCUCUGGAACACCGGUUGGAGUUCUGGGAUCUCCAUGGCUAGUCAUGAGGUUCCUCCAGUAGCCCUAUGGCAUGUGGGCAUCAU